ACUCGACGAAGAGUUUUCGAUAUUUUUUUAAGUAUACAUAAGAUCAAAAGUUUAAAAUUCCAUGCAUUUUUUAACAACUCGAGGACUAGUUUAAGCUGAUGUUUUAUUUUGUACCAAUUAGCUAAAUUCUUAUAGAAUUAAAUGUAUUGUAUUGUAGCAGUAGGCAGGUACAUUAUCAAUAAAACUACAUUGGGAGGGGAGAGAAUCAUCGGGAUGAAUGAAAUCAUCGUGUGUGUAAGUAUACAACUAGUGUACUACAAAUGCUGAUUGUGUGCGUUGCAAAAUGCAUCGUGUAUGCUGAAUGUUCUGCGUUCGAAAGGAGCCAACAUAAUACAAACCGCACAAAAAUGAAGAAGUACCUCUUCAAAUCAUUCAUAUCGGAUUCGAAGAUAUCGCAAAUUUGAAUCGAAUCGUGUACAGAUAUAAAUUUUUAAAAAACAUUUAAAAAUUAGUGGAAUUGUAAUUACAAGAAUAAUGGCGAAAAGGACGGUGGACAUUGACGCCUUGUUGGCGGAAGUCGGCGAGUUUGGGAGAUAUCAAAAAUUUUACAUGAUUAUACUUGGAUUGGCGUUACUAUUCACAGCUUCAUCCACGUUAUCGUUCGUGUUUACAACUGGAGACAUGAACUAUAGGUGUUACAUAGGCGACUGCGAUCCAUCAAGCGGUCAACAAUACAAAGCGAGCUGGUUAAAUAACACAGUGCCGUUUAACGGCGAAACGCCUUCGAGGUGUGAUCGAUACAAGAAAAUUAACAAAACCGAGCACACUUGCGAUGCGUCCAAUUUCAAUCGGUCGUCGAGUAUAGAAUGCAACAAUUUUGUUUUCGAAUCUGGCGGUGAUACCACGAUCGUUUCGGCGUUUGGCAUAUUUUGCAAAAAAAACAAAUGGAAAUUGACGACGGUGGGUAGUCUGAACAAUAUCGGACAGUUCGUCUCGUUGCCCAUUUCCGGAAUUUUAUCCGACAAGUACGGAAGGAAAAAGAUCAUUAUCGUCGGAAGCGUGCUGGCGGCUACUUGUGGCAUCUUGCGAGGCAUGUCUGUUAGCUAUCCCAUGUUUCUAAUGUUGGAGUUUUGCGACGCUCUAUUCUCGGGUGGCGUUUACAGUGCGACUUUCAUAAUGGGUUUAGGAUUGGUCGGCGGCAAGCACAGGGUGUUUGCCAGUACGGUGCUGAGCGGUUUUUACCCUAUAGGCGAAGCGCUGGUCGGUCUGUUGUUCUGGUACAUACGGGACUGGAGGAAAUUUCUCAUAAUCAUGAAUUUCCCAGGACUGUUUUUUGCUUUUGCUUAUUCAAUCACUCCAGAGUCGGUGCGGUGGCUGAUCACGGCGGGAAAAACGAACGAAGCCAUUAAAGAAUUGAAGUGCAUUGCGAAAUACAACGGUAAAAAAUUGUCGGAGGAAAGUCUGAAAAAGCUCGAAAUGUUGACACUCGAAACGGACAAAGAGCUAAUAUUGGAUGACAAGGAGACCGUUUCGGGGAAUUCUAGAUCAAAAGCAUUUAAACGCGCAUUGUCGUCGAAAAGCAUCAUGUUUCGGAUGAUGAAUUGUUCGUUUUGUUGGAUGAUAAACACAUUAGUUUACUACGGUCUAUCGAUGAACGCCAGUACAAUAGUUGGCAACCGUUACGGUAAUUACAUCUUGAGCUGUCUUGUCGAAAUACCAGCUCUGAUCAUAGUAAUUAAAAUAUUAAAUAAGUUUGGGCGAAGGGAGUCGCAGUGUGUGACGCUCAUACUUUGCAGUGCUUUGUGCUUAUCAAUCGCAUUCGUCCCAAAUGAAGCAGUAUUACUAAACGUGUUCCUGUAUCUAGUUGGAAAGUUUGUUAUAACCGUUUCAUUUGUGAUAUUAUACAUGUAUACGGCAGAAAUGUUUCCAACAGAAAUAAGGCAUUCCUUACUUGGUAUUUGUUCUAUGUUUGGCAGAAUUGGAUCAAUGAUAGCGCCCCAAUCACCAUUAUUAUCAACUUAUUUUGGACAAUCGGCUCCAUUAAUUAUGUUUAGUGGAGCAGCUUUUAUAGCUGGGUGCUUGGCUCUAUUAUUCCCAGAAACAUUUAAUAGAAAAAUGCCAGAUACAGUCUUAGAGGCCGAAGCAAUAGGAAUAAAACGCUAAUAUUUAGAUGUAAAAAUAAUUUACAAUGUAUAUUUUUAAAACCAAUGUAUUCCUAUGUGCUAAAUGUAUUUUAUAUCGGUUGAGUAUAACUAACGCACCACAAUUUUAACAAAUAAUUUAUUAUUAUGAAAUGCAUUAGUUUUAAUUUGUUAAAGAAAACAAUUAUGAUUAUUUUCAAUGAUAUUGUUAGUAUGUAUAUCUUUUUUUUAUCAUUUGUACAAAAGAAUAAUAGUCGGAGGGAUUAUCCCCAUCUUGAAUAAUUUUAUCCAUAAAAAAUAGUGUUUAUUAAAUCUGAGUUUUUAACUAAGAAAAAUACUUAUUCUAUUUAUACAAAAAGGCUAAAACACUGAACAAAAAAUUUGGAAACAAAACAAGUUGCAUGCGUAACAAUAUUGUACUUUAAGUAAGUUUUGUGAAAACUAUUAGUUAACAAAGAUAAUCCAAUAAAAAAAUGGUAUUAAUGUUUGAUUUGUCUCAAAGUCAGGAACACAGUUAAUAAAAAAAUAUAAGCUAAUAAGGCUAUAACAUAAAUUUUUAAGUUAAUAAAGUUAGUUAACCUUUAAGUUCAUUAUGCAUUUAUAUGUACAAUACUUGUGUACAUACAUUUAUACACAAAUUUACCUAAAUUAAUUAAAAACUCGCUUGUUAUCCUCUUUUAAAUACUUUUGAUCCGUGAGGAACGCAGGUAGAUUACGUAGCUUAUUGUAUUCCAAAUUGCAUUUCACUAAAUUGUUUAACACGUAUUCUAGAGUCCAGUGUUUUUUCAAUAAGGCUUGUUCAAUAUUGAAAGCUGAAUACCUUAUACAACGUAUGGCUGUACAAGUAGCUGAACAUCUAAGUUUCAAUCCGAUUUCAUGGACCAGAGAUAACAGAUAAUUUUCAUAUUCAUUGAUUAUAUUUACUUCUGAAAUAGAAAAUAUAUUAUUUUGACAUUUAACUAGUGUACUCAUAGUUCAUAAAAUAUUUUUUUUCAAAAACAAUAUUUGAAAUUUGUGUAUGACUAUUCACAAUGUCAUUUUUUAAAAUUUACUUCUACAGUUAGCCCAAAUAACCUGUACAACAUGAAAUAAAUCGACAUUUUAUCAAUUUUCAUCUAACCAUAGUUAACAAAUGCAAAAUGUGUUUUACUUGAUCUGUGGUGGUUUUGAAAUAAAAUUACCUAUUAUGAAAUCGAAAGAUGAUAAUAUUUUGGAGACAAUGACAGAAUAUCCUUUUUUUUAAUUAUUUAUUAAGUAUAUAGCCUAAUGUAA